CCCGUGGAAUGCAAUAGAAAUUUUGCAUACCCUUGAUGGGCAAAAUCGUAGUUGCAAUUAACGAAAAAGGGUGAUCCACAAGCCAGUCCAACCUAGUGGUGAAGUGUGGGCUUGUGAAGUCAAGCCCGCCACUAGGUCUCCUCCAAGCAUUACUACUACUACUAAUUUCACAGAGAGAGAGAGAAGAGAGAGGUGGAUUGUAGAUUACGAUGAGAUGGAGAUGGAAGUAACUUAAUGAGAAGAAAGAGACCUAAGCUCAGAGAAAAAAAAAUAAAAAGAUCCAAAAACAAAAGGCACCACAGCACAGAUCAGUAGAAGCGAUGCAGAGAGAUUUCUUUUAGAGAUUAAUGGAGAAAACAACUGCCACUCCUUAAGGAGACAUCUGGGGUCGCGUUAUCUGUGGUUCUUCUUCUGUGUAUUCUUUUCUCUCCAUUAAAACAAAGGACAUCAAAAAGAAACGGAAAGAAAGCUACCGGAGAAGGCUAUAAAAAAAAAGAGUUUGGUGAUGCCAACCCAAAAGCUACCUCUCCAUUUCAGCAUCAGCAAUACAACCAGCAGUACAUAGAGAUGUAGAUCGUAGACAGAGACCCAACCAAGUCACCCCUCGGAAUCUCUUUUUAUCUUCUUAAUUGCUCCUGCUGCUGCUAUUACUGUCUCAGGGUUUUUCGUUGGGAUUUUCUUAUGGACACCCCUCCAGCAGAAGAGCUGCUCAAGAAGAUCCAAGAGCUCGAAGCUGGGCAUGCCCACCUUAAGCAAGAGAUGUCGAAGCUGAUGCUUAGCACCACUGGUGGCACCGACUCCAAAAUGGACAACGGACAUCAGCGCUCCCACUCUGUAUCGCCCGAGAGAUCUAGAUUGGCCGCUUCGAGGAGGAAAAGUGGUAGUGUCUACGAAGGAGCUGCUUCCUGGAAAAAGGGUUCCUCGUCUUUCAGGCAUUCGUCGCCGUUGCAGAGGGAGAACAGGAGCCAUGGUGUUUUGAAUCCGGGACAAGGUGGUGGGCCGGCAGCUGUCAAAUUUACGGAUAAGCAGUAUCUGAAUAUUUUGCAGUCCAUGGGGCAAUCGGUUCAUAUAUUCGAUCUCAGUGGCCGAAUCAUUUACUGGAAUAGAACUGCUGAGCACCUUUAUGGUUAUCCGGCAUCGGAAGCCCUUGGUCAGGACGCCAUUGAACUUCUUACAGAUUCCCGCGACUCCGAUGCAGCAAGUAGUAUAGUACGCCGUAUAACCAUGGGAGAAAGCUGGACCGGCCAGUUCCCUAUGAAGAAGAAAUCAGGAGAAAGGUUUCUGGUCAUUGCUACCAAUACGCCAUUUUAUGACGAUGAUGGUAGCUUGGUAGGGAUUAUUUGUGUAUCAAGUGAUGCACGGCCGUUCCAAGAAAUGCGGGUCCCCUUUUCAGGUCCGAGGCCUUUGGAAGGUGAUUCCAGCUUUACGCGGCCUAGAAGUGACCUUCACCAACCUCUGCAAGUUGCAAUUGCCUCAAAAAUAUCAAACCUGGCUUCUAAGGUGACCAAUAAAGUCCGUUCAAAAAUUCGGAUCGGUGAGAAUGGCAUUGAGCUUGAAUGUGGGAGCGGAGACAGCCAGCAAUCCGAUCAUGUCUCAGAUGCAAUUCUAUCUGAUCACAGGGAAGAUGCGACUUCAAGUGGAGCUAGCACACCUAGGGGAGAUGUGGCUCCAUCCCCCUUUGGUGUAUUUUCUCAGGCUGCAGCUGAGGAGAAAUCCCCAGGAAAACCUAUCAAAAGUGCUGGUGCAGAGAGUGAAGGGAAGCCUGGGAUCCACAAGAUGUUAACUUCAAAGGCAGAGUCAUGGAUUAAUAAAAAGGGGAUAUCGUGGCCUUGGAAAGGUAAUGAUCGGGAUGCACCUGAAGCAAAGGCCAACCGUUUUGUAUGGCCCUGGUUGAAUCAUGAUCAAGAAAAUGGUUUGGGUCAUCAGAAAAAUAGUGAUUCUAGUGGAAAGCCAGAAAAUCAGGAAACUAACCGGCCUGGAAAUAAUGAGCCUUCUGGGUCCUGGUCCUCAUUUAAUGUUAAUAGCACAAGUAGUGUGAGCAGCAGUGGAAGUACCAGUAGCAGUGCUGUUAAUAAACUGGAUAUGGAAGCCGAUUGCUUGGACUAUGAAAUCUUGUGGGAAGACUUGACAAUUGGAGAACAGAUUGGGCAAGGUUCUUGUGGAACUGUAUAUCAUGCUCUAUGGUAUGGCUCGGAUGUCGCUGUCAAGGUAUUCUCCAAGCAAGAGUAUUCUGAUGAAGUGAUACUUUCUUUCAGACAAGAGGUAUCACUUAUGAAGAGGCUCCGACAUCCAAAUGUACUACUUUUCAUGGGUGCAGUAACUUCACCUCAGCGUCUUUGCAUUGUUACAGAGUUCCUCCCACGUGGAAGUUUGUUUCGGUUGCUUCAACGAAACACAUCUAAAUUGGAUUGGAGACGGCGAGUUCACAUGGCCUUGGAUAUUGCCAGGGGCAUGAAUUAUCUUCAUCACUGCAACCCACCUAUCAUCCAUCGUGACUUGAAGUCAUCAAAUCUUCUGGUUGACAGAAACUGGACAGUUAAGGUUGCAGACUUUGGUCUCUCACGUCUCAAGCAUGAAACAUACCUGACAACAAAGACAGGGAAAGGAACGCCACAAUGGAUGGCCCCAGAAGUUCUCCGUAAUGAGCCUUCAGAUGAGAAAUCAGAUGUGUAUAGUUUUGGGGUAAUUCUGUGGGAGCUUAUUACUGAGAAAAUCCCUUGGGAUAAUCUCAACUCAAUGCAGGUAAUUGGAGCUGUUGGGUUCAUGAAUCAACGAUUGGAGAUACCAAAAGACACAGACCCGCAAUGGGUUUCUAUAAUCCAGAGCUGCUGGGAGAGUGAGCCCCAACGUCGACCAAAUUUCCAGGAACUACUAGAAAAAUUAAAAGAUCUGCAGAGACAGUGUUCCAUUCAAAUUCAAGUGAAUCGCAUUGCUUCUGGAGAUGCCACGCAAAAAGCAUUGUAGUUGCGAGAAUCAAGUGAAGGUACCUAGAGGCCUGGCUUCGUCUAUGGUUUGGUUUUGACAAUCCCUUGUCUACACAGUGCAAGCCAUGAUUUUAUUGCGUAUCUUGCUUGCACGCUUUUAUGCUUUUUGGCGUUGCCAACAGAAGCAUCGAUUCAUUGUUUGUACGCAUUGGCAUUUAUCAUUGGUAGAAAACUGCCUCCAUAAUAUGCCAGAGUUGAAGGUGUCUCAAAUUGAAGGAAAGAAGAAAAAGAUCGGUCAAGAGGAUGUGUAAAUCAUUUGUAUGAGGUUUCUGCUAACUUUGGUGAUGGUGGUCUUUUAUUUUUUUGGAUAGACUGAAAACAUGGUAAUGGUGGUCGAUUCUGUGGUUUUUUCCUCCUACUAACCUCAUAAUAUGUCAUCUGAAAGGGUGUCAGCUGUAACUUGAUUCAUGUGAUCCGAUUCGUCUGUUAACCAAUUUGUAAUGUCUGAAAAAUCAGUCAAAACAGCUGUAUAUGCAUCUUCUCUGUUUGUUUGCCUUGGCAAGUAUAUAGAAUUGAAGAAUCUUUUGCUUCAA